UGAAAGUCCAGUUCGUGAAAUGUUAUUUAGCGUUCGUCCCAGGUCAUAGUCCCCCCGCCCCACCCUCUUUUUAAAAUGACUCACCAACAAAUAGCCCAAUGUCGACACGUCAGUUUGUAAAUGAAUUAAGUGCCAGGCGGAUGAAAACCAAGACAAGACAGUUAGCUCAUUAUAACCACGUCAAGGUUUCUCAAUUAACAUAUUGGCUUGUGAAAUGUGUUUGUCUGAUGUCGUGACUAAUGGGACUAGCUGCAACCUGAGUGCGCUUUAAGCAGUUUAGCAGGGAGUGUCUCAAGGUGCACAACCGGUUCAUUAUUCACCAAAGCUGCUACAUCUGGUGCAGACGGCUGUUUCCCCUCAGGGAAUCAUCAUUUCCACGACCCCGAUGGCUGACAGCAGUACUCCAAGCUUUAAGGCGGCUGACCUGGUUCUCCAGCUGACUUCCACUCCAAGCCCCAAACCAGAUGUGUCCACGUUUGGUUCCACCUUCACUGACCACAUGCUGACCAUAGAGUGGAGUGCCGCUGAGGGCUGGCAGGCCCCGCUCAUCAAGCCCUUUGGGAACCUGUCACUCCACCCGGCCUGUUCAUCACUACACUAUGGCGUACAGCUCUUUGAGGGGCUGAAGGCGUACCGUGGGGAUGACAACCAACUGCGCCUCUUCAGACCGAUGCUCAACAUGAUCCGCAUGUCCAAGUCUGCUAAGAGAGCUUGUCUACCUGCCUUCGACCAGUCAGAGCUGCUGGAGUGUAUCAGGCGACUGGUAGUGAUUGACCAGGACUGGAUUCCUACCACGGAUGAGAGCAGUCUGUAUAUAAGACCGACAUUUAUUGGCACUGAGCUCUCCUUGGGUUUAAAGAAGCCCGCCCGUGCCUUGCUGUAUGUGAUCUUGAGUCCAGUGGGCUCUUACUUCCAAGUCGCGGGGGCCCUGUCCUUGUGGGCUGACCCGAAGUACACGCGGGCCUGGAGAGGAGGAACUGGAGACUGCAAGAUGGGAGGGAACUAUGGAUGUUCUUUAUUCGCCCAGUAUGAAGCAGAGGAUCAUGGGUGUCAGCAGGUGUUGUGGUUGUACGGAGAGGACCACCAGAUCACUGAAGCCGGAACUAUGAACGUCUUUGUGCACUGGAUCAAUGAGGAAGGAGAGGAGGAACUUGCAACUCCACCUCUGGACGGCAUCAUACUCCCAGGUGUAACCCGCCAGAGCAUCCUGGAACUCACCGGGAAAUGGGGUGAGUUUAAGGUAACGGAGCGCUACCUGACCAUGAGCCAGCUGUGCUCUGCUCUGAAGCAGCAGCGGGUCAAAGAGGUGUUUGGCUCCGGUACAGCCUGCAUGGUCUGCCCCAUAGGACGCAUUGUUUACCAGGGAGAGAACUUGCACAUCCCCUGUCAGGAUAACAACUCACAGCUGACCUCCCGGAUUAAAAAGGAACUCAAAGACAUACAGUAUGGACGCACGCCCAGCGACUGGACCUUCCCGGUGAAGCAGUGAUGGAGAAGCCUGGAUCACACACCUGCACGCUCACACACCAGUGUGUGUACAGGAAGAGCAUACUAUUAUGCAACAACCAUAGACAUACUCUAAAUGUACAUUAAUAAGGAAACAAUGUAUGUGCAACAUUUGUAGUCUAAGUGCAACAUGCUGGAGAGCAGCUCUGCGGCGAGAGUGUCACAACAUUUCAUCUCCUUGUAAACUUAAAUUAAUGACUAACACACAACUGUCCAAAAUAAUUAACAAAAGCAGGCUAAUGUCUCAUGCAAUAGUGCACAAUAACUUACAGUAACACAGCCACCGUGGCCUAUUCUGCUGCUCCUCAUCUCCUUUUUUGCAGCCUACAUCCAGGAUACAGCUGUGGCUUUGGGAAAACAAAUGUUACAGAGAAUUUCAUAUCACAUGUGUAAGAGUUACAAAGCAGCAGUGUUGUGAAAAAGUACCCAAGAGUCACAGUUGAGUCAAACUUUAUUUACGGUGUUAAACACCGGUACAAAUGAAGGUCACCCAUCCGACUGGUACUUAAGUAUUUCUGUAUCAGACGUUGAAUGUACGCUUCCUCUCAAAAGUGUCAGGUCACUCAGAAAUCUUUUUUUUUUUUUUUAAAUGAAAACCCACACAUAUGCCACAUAUAUUCAAGACAUGAACAAGGUUAGAUUUAAUGGUUUUUACCAUAAUACUUCAACCUGUGUUUUCCUCAAAGAAUCCUCAAUUAAAAGCAGUAACAGCCUGAUGUACUUAUCUUCAUGCUCAGUUGUUUUUGCUGGACUUUGAGGGGAGUAUUACACACGAUUGAAUGAGAGCUUUUGUUUCUCGGCGAUUUCUUGCAUGGAAUAGCCUUCGUUUCUCAGAUCACGAAUAGACUUGUGAGUUUCAGAGAUAAGUUACAUGUAAUUCAGCCAUUUUUUAGACUAAAAUCAAACCCACAGAUGCUGAUGCUUUUUUUUUUUUUUUCAAACAAAUACACUUUUAAGCAGUACUGUGCUGAAACAUCAAUAGUCAUAUUCCAGCAAAAAAUGUUAUUUAGUAUCAAAAUUAAAAGUAAAUAAUGAAAAUAUUUACAUGUAUGUAUGUAUAUAUACAGUUGGCCUAAUCAGUUAGUUGCCUGCGAGAUUUUUCUGAUCAAAAAUGUGCUACUUUUACUCUGAUGCAACAUGUAAUCUGCGAAGUAGCGAGCAGCUACAUCCAUUAAAUAAAUAUAGUGAAUGAAACGUUCAAUAUACGCCCCAAGAUGUAGUGAAGUGGAAGUAUAAAGUUGCAGAAAAUAGAAAUACUCAAGUAAAGUACAACUACCACAACACUGUGCUUAACUUUAGUACAGUAAAUGAGUAAAUGUACUUUCUUAUUUUCUGCUGCUGCAAUGCAGCUACAACCUCACAACUGCAUACAGUCUUUCCAGCUCCACUAAAACAUCAAUAAUAGUAAACUUUAUUUAGAUAGCACCUUUAAAAACAGAGUUACAAAGUACUUUACAAUAAAGACAUAAAGUAAACACAGCUCAAGGUUUGAACAAGAUGAAAAGAUUUAAGAAGCCAUAUGAAAAAAAGUGGGUUUUAAAAAGAGAUUUAAAGGACGAUAUUGAGUUUGCCUGCCUGAGAUCCAGAAGCAUGGAGCUCCACAUCUGGGGCACCCAGACAGGAAAAACCCAGUCGCUUUUACUCUCAAGUCUAGAUUCUGGAGCCUUCAGUAAGGCCCUGCCAGAAGAUCUCAAGCAGUGAUCAGGAUCAUAGGGAGAUAGCCAGUCACAAAUAUAGGCAGGAGCCAAAACAUUCAGGACUUUACACCGGCUCAUGGCAUUACAUCAGGAUUUUAGAGAAUUUAUUUAGUCAAAACUGUGUUUUUUCCUCUUGUUCCAUCAGUUGAAUGUUUGAGUUUCACUGUCUAUAAUGACGUACGUGCAGAGUUUGACUCUGAGGGGCUGUUUGACAUGAAUUACUGAAGGUGUAGAAAAAUCUGUUUCUGUGGUUUGUGAUAUCACAAAUAAUUUGGACAUUUGGAGGCCAAUCCUGGUCAAACAUAGACAAGUGUGACGUUGAAACUUGAAGCCUCCAGAUCACAUACACUGAGGAUUGUCUUUAAAGUAAAGAGGAAGACAUAGAAUAUAAUUUUAAAUAAUGGAGAGGGGGAUGUUACUUCGAUGGGCUUUAACAAGAUGAUUUAACAUCUUAAAACCUGUCUGAUGAUAAUAAUGAUAAUUUGACAACCACCAAACAGCAUUCAUCAUUGUGUAUUUGUGUGAAUGGUGUCUUCUUGUCUCAAUAAACAUUCAGCUAACCAUCGUACAUUUGCAGUAAUUUAAAGAUACCCAAGUGCUGUAAUCUUUUCUUGUGACUGUGAAGUUAUAAUCC